AUGCGCUCCGUUCAGUACAUCUCCCUGGCGGGCGCCUUUGCCGCCGCCACGGUUUCUGCAGGCGUUGUCACUGUCCCCUUUGAGAAGCGAAAUCUCAGCCCUGAUGUUACUCCAUCACUGCUGCGUCGCGAUGGCAGCGUGAGCCUUGACGCCAUCAACAACCUCACUGGAGGCGGCUACUAUGCCCAGUUCAGCGUUGGCACGCCGCCCCAGAAGCUGAGUUUCCUUCUCGACACCGGCAGCAGUGAUACCUGGGUCAACUCAGUCACUGCGGACCUCUGCACAGACGAAAUCACCCAGCAGGAGGUUGGAGAAUACUGUUUCAAACAGUUCAACCCAAGGAGGAGUAGUACUUAUAAGUCGAGCACUGAAGUCUUCGACAUCACCUACCUUGAUGGCCGCAGGAUACGGGGCAACUACUUCAAAGAUACUGUUACUAUCAACAACGCGAACAUCACGGGCCAGCAGCUUGGCCUAGCCUUGCAGUCGGUCCGCGGCACAGGCAUCCUCGGCUUGGGAUUCCGGGACAACGAAGCCUCCGACACCAAGUAUCCCACCGUCGUUGAGAACUUGGUAUCCCAGAAGGUCAUUCCAUUCCCGGCAUUCAGCCUCUACCUCAACGACCUGCAGACCAGCCAGGGCGUCCUUCUCUUUGGUGGUGUCGAUACCGACAAGUUCCACGGCGGCAUCGCUACUCUGCCCCUUCAGUCGCUGCCGCCAUCCAUUGCCACGACCCAGGAUAUUGUCAUGUACGCCAUCAAUCUGGAUGGCUUCUCGGCGUCCGAUGUCGAUACCCCCGACGUCAGCGCCAAAGCCGUUCUCGACUCGGGCUCAACAAUCACUCUUCUCCCAGAUGCUGUCGUACAGGAAAUCUUUGACAAGUACGACGUCCUCAGCAUCCAGGGACUUGCCGUUCCCUUUGUUGAUUGCGCCAAAGCAAACACCAAAGAUGCUUCCUUUAACUUUGAGUUCCGGGGCAAGACGAUCAAGGUGCCCAUUGACGAAAUGGUUCUGAACAACCUCGCCGCGGCUUCAGACCAACUCAUGUCGGAUCCCACUUUGAGCAAGUACUUCGGCGAUUGGAGCGGAGUGUGCACUUUCGGCAUCAGCUCGACCAAGACCUUCGGCAUCAAUUCCGACGAGUUCGUCUUGCUGGGAGACACCUUCUUGCGGUCCGCUUAUGUCGUCUACGACCUGCAGAACAAGCAGAUUGGCAUCGCCCAGGCGACCCUCAACUCGACCAGCAGCUCCAUUGUCGAGUUCAAGGCGGGCGCCAAGACAAUUCCCGGCCCUGCUUCCACGGGCGACGACUCCGACGACUCUGAUGAUUCGGAUGAUUCAAAUUCCGCCGGUGUUGCUAUCCAUCCCACUGUUUCUAUUGCUCUGGCAGGCACCUUGUUUAUGGCUGUUUCCAUGAUGAUGAGUGCGCUAUAG